AUGGCAAAUCCGGCACCAGAGGUGCCAAAGCUCCUCUGGAAUCAGGAGAACGUGAAGGAUGUCGCCGAGUCUGUGGGCAUCACUCAGCUGAACGAUGAAGCCCUGCGCUGCCUCUCCCAGGAUGUCGAAUAUCGCAUCGGACAAGUCAUCGUGGAGGCUCUCCGUUUUAUGCGCGCCGGCAACCGCACUACCCUCACAGUCCAGGACGUCUCGCAGGCACUAAAGGUCCUCGACAUCGAGCCGCUGUACGGAUACGAUUCGACACGGCCGCUUCGGUAUGGGGAGGCGAGCCUUGGGCCCGGCCAGCCGUUAUUCUAUAUCGAAGACGAAGAGGUGGACUUUGAGAAGCUCAUCAACGCUCCGUUGCCAAAGGUGCCACGAGAUAUUAGCUUUACUGCACAUUGGCUCGCCAUUGAGGGCGUCCAGCCAUCCAUACCGCAGAACCCCACAACGGCCGAGACCUCGUCAAAGGAGCUCCUACCCAAAGGACCCGGCGCAAACCCUGCCCUCUCCGCUCUUGCGGGCAACGACAAUGUAUCCUUCAGACCAUCAGUCAAGCACGUCAUCUCGAAAGAACUCAUCCUCUACUUCGAUAAGAUACAGGCAGCGCUUCUGGACGACGACCCCGACGAAGAGAAGCUCCGUCUCCGAGCCGCGGCCCUGGAGUCGGUCCGAUCCGACCCUGGCUUGCACCAGCUUCUCCCCUACUUCGUCAACUUCAUCACCAGCCAAGUCACCCACCGCCUCGACGACAUAUUCGUGUUGCGUCAGAUGAUGGAGCUUGCCGAGGCGGUCAUCGCGAACCCAAACCUCUUUCUGGACCCGUAUGCCAGCGCCCUCUCAGCGCCGGUGCUGACAUGCUUGAUGAGUCGCAAGCUUGGCGGGACAGAGGACGGAACAGAUACCAUCCAAGAGCAGUACCGCCUCCGCGAGAUGGCUGCCAGCCUGCUGGGUACAAUUGCGAGGAAAUACAGCAAGUCGAACGCGAUGCUGCGGCCCAAGCUCACCAGGACGUGCCUGAAGUAUUUCCUGGAUCCGACCCGCACCCCGGCAGUGCUCUUUGGCGCGAUCAGCGGCCUGUCCGCCACUGGCGGCCCUGAGGCGAUAAGGGUGCUGGCCCUGCCCAACCUGAAGACCUUCGACUCGGGGAUCCUGCAACCAUUGAAAGAAAAGGGAGAGACCAGCGCUCUGGAAUUUGAAGUGCUUGUCGGCGGUAUUCUCAAGGCGAUCAGCAGCCUGGUCGGAGGCACCGGGGCCGCCGUCACAAAUGGCAUGAACGGCACCACGUCCUCGGGCGAGGCAGCCGAGCUGACCGAGUUCCUGGGCGACACCAUUGGAGAGGGGGUCGCGCGGCUGGGAAACCACGCGCUGAACAGAGAGGUCCUGGAUGCAAGGCAAUUCGAUUAG